AUGGCCCGCCGUUCCGAAGCCGCCAGCUCGGUCGCCGACAGCGAUUGCGGCUGGAGCGUCAAUGCCACGGACCCCGUCUGCGAGACGCUGAGCGUUGAGAACGUGGCACUUGCGUCGGCGGCGGCGCGCGGGAAGCCGUCGCUCUGGACGUGGCGCAUGUUCAAGCUCUACCUCUGCCUCCUCGUCGCAACAACCAACAGCUGCAUCAACGGCUACGACGGCAGCCUCAUGGCCGCCAUAAACUCGUACCCGCAGUACCGGAGCUACUUUGGCUUCGACCCCGUCAAAGGCACCCCCACAACGGGCAUCGUGUACGCGAUCUACCAGAUCGGCAACCUGGCAGGCAGCUUCGCGGCAGGGCCCGCCACCGACGCCUACGGCCGCAAAUGGGGCAUGUUCAGCGGGGCGUUGCUGAUCGUGCUGGGCACAGUCGUGCAGGCCACAAGCACCAGCCUCGCGGCCUUCAUGGGCGGCCGCUUCGUGCUCGGCUUCGGCGUCAGCAUCUGCGCCUCGGCCGGCCCCGCCUACGUCUCCGAAAUGGCGCAUCCGGUCUACCGCGGCCCGCUGACCGGCCUCUACAACGCGUUCUGGUACGUCGGCGCGCUGCCGGGCUCGUUCGUGCCGUACGGCACCAGCGAGCUGCACGGUACCGCCGCCUGGCGCGUCCCGACCUGGCUGCAGCUCGUCUUUGCUUGCGUCGUCCUGUUCGGUAGCCCGUUUUUGCCCGAGACCCCGCGCUGGCUUAUCGCGAAUGAUCGCCAUGAGGAGGCCCUCUCUGUCAUGGCGAAGUAUCAUGGCGAGGGCGACCGCGAGAGCCCUAUCGUUCAGCUCGAGUACCGCGAGAUGGUUGAGGAUAUCUCCGUCACGGGCGCUGAUAAGCGCUGGUGGGACUACCGCGAGCUGGUCAAUAGCGCCGAGGUGCGGUACCGGUCGUUCAUCGUGGUUACGUUUGCGUUUUUCAGCCAGUGGGUCGGCAACGGCCCCAUCUCGUACUACUACCCGCUCGUGCUCCAAAGCGCCGGCAUAACCAACAACCACACGCGCCUCCUGCUGAACGGGUGCCAAGUGCUCGUCUCGCUGUCCGGCGCCCUCAUCGGCGCAACCUUCACGGACCGCUGGGGCCGGCGCAAGCAGCUACUAACCAGCACCUUCGUGAUCAUGCUCCUCUUCGCGGGCAUCCUCGCACUGCACGCAACCAACCCACCUCUCCUCGACCCCAGCACCAACGCGCCCCUCCUCCACGCCGACGGCACGCCCAAGACGCUGCGCCCCUCCCACUCCCGCGCCGUCAUCGUCCUCAUCUUCGCCUUCGGCCUCGUCUACUCGGCCGGCUGGACCCCGCUGCAGGCCCUCUACCCCGUCGAGUGCCUCCGCUACGAGAGCCGCGCCAAGGGCAUGGGCGCGUACAACGCGCUCGUCAACCUGGCAAACUUCUACAACACGUUCGCGACGGGCGUGGCGGUUACGAAGAUCGGCUGGCGCUACUACGUCGUGUUCGUCGCGUGGGACGCGCUGGUGCUCGCCGUCGUGUGGGCCGGCUAUGUCGAGACGAAGAGGAGGACCCUCGAGGAGUUGGCCGAGAUUUUUAGAGCCAGGAGUCCCCGCAAGGCGAGUCUGGGCCGCAGGGGGGAGGGCGUCGAUGUCCUGCCUGGGGGCAGGAAGGAGAGUUGUGCGAGUGCGAGUGAGAGGGAGAGCAGUGAGGCGCGGUGGUCGUGGCACAGACGCGGACGCGAUGCGAUGGGAUGGGAUGGGGGGUCGUGGUGA